CCAACUGGCUCCGAGUAUCAGCUGUUCGCCUCGCAGACAAUAACAAACAGUUUGUUUUGAAGAAUUAUUUAAUUUUUAGGUUUUUUUUUUGAAACCUGAAUGAUACGGAAGGUGGUGGUGGGCGUGUCAGGGGGCGUGGACAGCGCCGUAACCGCCCACCUGCUGAAGGAGCGCGGCUACAGUGUCCUGGGCGUCUUCAUGCGCAACUGGGACGAGUUCGACGAGGCGGGACGAUGCAGUGGAGAGGCGGACCUCAAGGAUGCGGAGUGGGCGUGCCGGCGACUGGGCGUGGAGCUCCGUCAAGUCAACUAUGUCCGGGAAUACUGGACGGCGGUGUUCAGCCAGUUCCUGGAGGACUACCAGCAGGGCCUCACCCCCAAUCCGGACAUCCUGUGCAACCGGCACAUCAAGUUCGAUCUGUUCCACCGGCACUGCCUGGAGAGCCUCAACUAUGAUGCGGUGGCCACCGGACACUAUGCCCGGAAUAGUUUGGGCAACUUCCUGGAAAAGGCAACAGGUGCGGAGGAGGAGGCCCGCCUUCUGAUACCCGCCGACACGUUCAAGGAUCAAACAUUCUUCCUGGCGGGAAUCGCCCGGAAGGCUCUGCAGCGCACCAUGUUCCCACUGGGGGAUCUGCACAAGGCGGAGGUGAAGCAACUGGCCGCCAAGAUCGGCCUCCAGCGGCUGGCCAGCAAAAGGGAAAGCACCGGGAUCUGUUUCGUCGGCAAGAGGAACUUCAAGGACUUUAUCCGAGAGUACAUAACCUCCAGGGAUGGGCACUUUGUGGACGUGGACAGCGGAGCUGUUGUGGGCAACCACGAGGGGAUUCAUCAGUGGACUGUGGGCCAGAGAUGCCGCCUGAGUUCGUUCCUCCAACCCUAUUUCGUGGCCCGCAAGGAGGCCUCCAGCAACACCAUCUACGUGGCGGCAGGCCACGAUCAUCCCGCCCUGCUCAGUACCCGGAUGCACAUCGAUCCACCCAACUGGCUGUGCGGGGAGUCCCAGCGGAGAUGCUUCUCGGAGGGCGUCCUGCGGUGUCGCUUCCGCUUCCAGCACACCAAACCCUUGGUGGACUGUUGUGUGAGGCUGUCGCCCGCCAAUCAGUUCCAGGUGGAGCUAGAUGCUCCCCUGAGAGCCAUCACGCCGGGCCAGUACGCUGUCUUCUACGAUGAGACGGCCUGUCUAGGCUCCGCCCGCAUCCUGACAGCUGAGCCUCUUCGAAUGGAGGCGGAGAAGCUGAAAGGAUUGGGGAGUUCCUUCAGCUGAUGGUGGCUAGUGUUUUUAAAUAAAUAUUUUAAGGAUA